CAUCUUUUCAAGUUCUUGUCGCUCAGGAAUUUCUCACCAAGUUGUGACUUCCUCUGUUACCCCAUGGUUGGUGGGCGGGUGUGAUGUUCGUGGUGAGUGUUGGUGAAUAAAUGGGAAUCACCAUUCAUUCAUUCAAUUUGGUUUUUUGCUGAAUCAGUAACGAGUGGAAAGUGCAACUCUCGCGGAUUGAAAAAUCAGAUACCAUAUACCCUUACAACCUUUCAAUUGUACCCAUCAGCUCUGAAAACGAGUCCGCCUGGCUAGCUCCCAGCGCACUCUCUAGGCAUUGCUUCCUCUAUGUCCAAUCGAAACACCACAUACGUAUCUCAAGAUAAUCAAGGACAUGGAUCGAGGCGUGGAGCUCGUCCAAAAGCUUCAAAGCUGUAUACCAUUGCCCAAACUUCUUUAUUUUGUGAUGGAUGAUUGGCUCUUGGUUCAUAGAAACUCCUUCGAUCAUUUCAAUGAAAACGGUGAACCUUUCAUUGGUCAGGUGUUCCUCAUCGAGAUCAAAACUGGUCGCUAUAUUCAUCGAUGCCAAGGCAGGAAAGUGGACCAUGGAACCGCAAUCGAUUUGCAGGUCUUGACGGCUAAGUUGACUUAUGCUUUUCAAGGCACGAAACCCUGCCCUGGUUUUUUCAUCCAAGAAGACGAUGGUGUUGAUGAUGGUGAUCCCUUAAGUUCUACGACAACACUUGAUUUUCCUUUCCGAAGAAGGACAUCUAGAAAUUGUCAGUUUUAUUUCGAGGUUCCAACUAUCAAGUCUGAAAACAAUGAUGCUGGGGAUGAACGGUGUUCCCCUUGUCAAGCGGUUUGCCAAGAAGUUCAUUCCAGUUCCAAAAACAUCACUGAUUCUCACUUUGAUGGUUCUGAUUUUGCCCUCCAAACUGAUGCUCAAUCUAAAGUGGUCGAUACUUUAAGGAUCAAGCCUGAAGACGAUGAUGGAAAUGGACCUUCAUCUCCUGAUGUAUCUUCUUAUAACUCCAGUGAAGCUGCGGACCAAGAAUUAUAUUCAAUGGCCAAAGAUAGAUUUGAAAGCCACAACUCUAACGGAAGGGAUAAUCAAGCGAACCUCGACGAAAAACAUGACCUUGACGCCAUAGAUAUUAAAGAUAAUGUGUGUGAAGAUAUUGAUGCUCAAUCUAAAGUGGUCGAUAUCUUGAGAAUCAAGCCCGAAAACUAUGAUGUAGAUGGACCUUCAUCUCGUUAUAUAUCUUCUUAUGACUCCAGUGAACUUGUGCGCCAAGAAAUCUAUUCGAAGGCCAAAGAAAUAUUUGAAGGUCACAUCUGGAACGGUGAUGAAGAUCAAGCAAAGCUUGACGACAAACCUAGCCUUGGCAUCAUGGACGUUAUUGACAACGCUUGUGAAGAUAAACAAGAUUGGCGGGGCUCCCUGGCAGUGGUUGAAAACAAGGAUAAUCCUCAUUCGCUGAAUAUGGCAAAGGCUUCAGACGAACCAUCCAGUUCAAUUUUUAAAGUCAGGCAAUCCAGUGCUACCGGUACUGAACAUGUCUACAUGUGUUGCUCCCAACCGUUUCCCUCUUUACAAGCCUUAACCUGGCAUCGUAAUCUCAAACGAGGCCAUACUCGACAUCUUGAUAACAGUAAUGGCAAGCCCACCGUGCCCGAAGUGGAAGUCUCCAUUGAAACUACAACCAGUAUUGACGCACCACGAAAGACUAGAAAUCGGUGUCUUUGUUGCUCUAUCGUGUUUCCAAACAAUCGGGAACUAGUCAAGCACGCAGUGAAACGACAAAAAGAAGAACGUGCCCGCCGCAAAGUACGUUGUCGUGAAUGCAAAGGAAGACGCGUCAGGACCUUCAAACAACUGAUUCGACAUUAUUCCACCCACCAUCCAGAGAAGCUGGAAAAGAAUCAAGAGUAUUUGCCCCAAACCCAAGACUUGGAAACAAUGAAGAAGCCUAAGACUUGUUCAAUUUGUGAUGUGGUCAGCAAUGGCGGCACCAUGAACAACAGACACAAGGAGAGCUAUCAUGUGGUGGGAAAUUACUUGUGUAGUACUUGCCAGGAGCCUUGUUUAACCUACUAUGACAUGAUGAUUCACAACUUCCAAGCUCACCUGAAAGCCACGGAUUCCAUUCCUAUCAAUUAUAAUGGCUUGGAUACAUAUGUGGAUGAAGAUGGAAAAAUAUCGUACAAAACAGACGGUUUUGUUUGCCAAAUUUGUUCCAAAUCGUUCAGAUGGAAUAAUACUUUUGCUUGUCAUCAAAGAAGAGCUCAUUCUUGGGGCAGAAUGAGGUGCAAACCUUGUGGAGAAUGGAGUAAUUAUUCCCAAGACAUCUCUGCUCACACGUUGCUUUUCCAUAAGGACAAGCCUGAGGUUCAUUGUCCUAAUUGUGACAAAAUGAUCGAUUUGAAAGAUAAUCCAGCUGCCUUCAAUAAUCAUUUUCCUACGUGUGCUCCCAAACGAGCAUGCAAAAGGCCCUUAAAUGGUCAGUUCCAAUCUCAGGUUUGCGGUGAAAAAUACUCUCUCAAGAAAAGCUUGAACCUCAAGACGCCUCAAGGUAUCUUCAAAUAUCAAUGCCAAUAUUGUGGGUUUGGUGCCAACUUGAAGCAGACUAUCGUUCAACACAAGAAGAGUCAUUUGGGGAAGGAGGGCUCAUUGACAGAAAAGCCCAAAUUGUGCGGAUGUGAGGUUUGCGGCAAAGUAUUUGCCAACAAGAAAGCAGUCUAUAACCACAUGCGUAAUGUCCACCGAGAACAAAAGCCAGUUUUCCAAUGCAAGAAAUGUGGGCAGCUUUUGAAGAACUCGUCAGCUCUCACUAAUCACAAAGUAAAAGUUCAUGGUCAUGUGCCACAAUCGAAGAGAUCGAAGUAAGGAAAGCUGGGAUUUUUCGGACAUCAGACAUUAAAGGCAGAAUACAUCUGGACAAAUAGACUAUAAUUUGCUUAGAAAUGAAAUGUGAUCCCGCGAUUGAUUUGUCGAGAUUGAUUUUCGCCAAAUAAAUACGAACAAUCAGCGAUGAACCUA